AUGUCUUCAAAUCAAACAGCCUCACUAUCCUCCCUAAAUCCAACAGUAUUGACAUCUCUCAUUCGAUUCGGUCCCAUUGUAUACUUCCUUCUCUUGCUGAUCACUUUUCCAGUUUAUCUCCAUGUCUACAGAAUGAAUCGAGACAACGACAAAAGGAACUCUGCGUUAUUUCCGAUCAUCAAUCAUUUCUUCGAGUCCACCAAAAUUUUCUCGAUCCUUUUUUACCUUUUUCUAAUGUCCUGGUUGGUGAUGGACGCCUUCCUUGAAAAGACGACGUCCGUUGUGGCCAGCCUCGCAUACGUUUCUUCUUAUUUUUGUUUGUGCUUGCUCGUCGUCAUUGCUCAGCACAACAAUUUCCUUUUAACACUUGUUUCUGCAAUCAGAUUUUUGAUUUAUUUUUGUCCAAAUUCCGAAAAACAUGUAACGGUGACGGAAAAGAGGUUGAAAUGGCUGAAAAUGAUUGGUUAUCCAUUUCUUAUCAUUUUGGACUUUUUUGUAUUGGGUACUGUACUUCCACAGUGGUCUUUUUUCGUCUUCGAUGCCCUUCUAGUCGUCUCUGCAUUCUUAUACAUUCCAAUUGUCCACAGUAUCCGCGCCGUACGGUAUCUCCCUUCAAUUCAAGCGAAUCAACCUCAAAGAUAUAUCAUGUGGCAAUUAGUAUCGAUUUCUGUCAUUAAAUUUGUCUAUAUAAUUUACAUCUGUUUAACUGAUGAGCAAUCGGAACGAUUCGUGUUCUAUUUUCGAGUGAUCGAUGCAAUGGCAAUACCAUUUCUGAUUCAAAUCUCAUAUUUGGGCUGUAACCGGAGAACAAUGAUUACUGUACUUCAAUCGUUUAAAUGUGGAAAUUUCUGGAAAGUGUGCUGUUGUCCGUGUAUUGAAACGAAUCGAAUCGAGCCAGAGGUGGAAUUGGCUGAAUCUACUGGAUUACCAUUAUACUGA